UCUUCAGUUUUUAACACGCAAUUAACAAAUUUGACAACCAGAAGAAACCCUUUUGUGGUUUCUUCUCUCGGGGUUUUAUUCAUUUUCCCAUCUCUCAAACAGGACUUUUACCGUUGGGAAUUGUCAUUUCUCGGAUCAAAUUCAAUUGAUUUGGACUGCUAGAGGCGUUUUUUUGUUUCGGAUCGGCAGUAUUGAUUGGCCUUCCAUGUCCGCAGCGACGCCAUCUUACUGGUGCUACAGAUGUAGCCGCUUCGUCAGGGUUUUAAACGACGUCGCCGUCUCCUCCUCAGUGCUGUGCCCGGACUGCGGCAGUGGCUUCGUCGAGGAUAUCGACAACCCGACCCGCUCCGACUCGCGCCGCGUUAGGAGGAUUCCAGCUGCUGCGAUGUACAUGAUUGGAGCCAACAACCGUUCUGACUCCAAUCCGGAUCACACCGCUCCAAGCCCCUCGGGGCCCCGAAGACCUCGCCGGAACCAAGGCGACCGCUCGCCGUUCAACCCGGUCAUCGUCCUUCGCGGGCCAACCUCCGAAGGUGCUACUUCGAACGAAGAAGGUCGCGGAUUCGAGCUGUUCUACGAUGACGGUGUUGGGUCGGGGCUCCGACCCUUACCUACAAGCAUGUCCGAGUUUCUACUCGGGUCGGGUUUUGACCGCCUUCUCGAACAGCUGUCCCAGAUCGAAAUCAACGGAAUCGGACGGUACGAGCAGAGACCCGCAUCAAAAUCUGCGGUGGAAUCGAUGCCGACGAUCGAGCUCGACGAGUCUCACAUAGCGGCGGAGCAUCACUGCGCGGUGUGCAAAGAAGCGUUCGAAGUAGGAACCGAAGUUCGGGAAAUGCCCUGCAAGCAUAUAUACCACUCGGAUUGUAUACUCCCGUGGCUCUCCCUCCGAAACUCGUGUCCGGUAUGCCGGCAUGAACUGCCGGCCGAUUCGGAGGCCGAGACGGGUCAGGAGGAGGACGAGAACGCGGGUCUUACGAUCUGGAGGCUGCCCGGCGGCGGUUUCGCGGUGGGGAGAUUCAGCGGCGGGAGAAGAGGCGUCGAGAGAGAGCUUCCGGUGGUGUACACGGAGAUGGACGGCGGUUUUAACGGCGCAGGAGCUCCGAGGAGGAUUUCGUGGUCGAGGAAUGGAGGAAGAGGGAGACAGAGUGGUGGGUUGAUGCGGUUUUUGCGGGGUUUGUUCGGUUGUUUUGGCGGGGUCCAGUCGUCGGCGGUUUCGGGUUCGGGUUCGGAGAGAAGGUUGGGGACGCCGACGCCGCCUCGAACGACGAGUCGUAGGAGGGUGAGGUUUAUGGAUUUGGAGCAGACGACGACGUCGACUCCGAGGCGGCGGAGGACUUGGUCGAUGGAUGUGAACAGUGGGAUUGUUAGAUGGUGAGGUUCGUUAAUUUCACUCGUGGUGUAAAUAUUGGGGAAAAAAUAUGAGUGAAUGCGAAUGGGGCCUUGAAAAUCCCAUGAAAUUAGUAAGCUAGUUAAUUAAAAAGAAGCAGAGCAUCUGCAGAAGAAGAAGGACCAGCUCCAAGAGAGACAAAGCCAAAGUGAGUUUUUAAAGUUUCAUGGAGUGAAAUCUGAACCAGGAAUUAGACAGAUUUGUAAGUGUAUUUUAAUUUCCUCCAUGAAUUUGUAAUUGGUAGUGACAUUCAGUUUGUAUAAAGUGUAAGCAUCUUCUUCUUGUUCAUGUUCUUGUUCAUGCAUUGCAUGACCUAUUUCUUGUCAUGAAAAUUGUUGGGAAAUAAAUGUCUUUGCUCACUCCACUUCA